AUUAUCACCGUUCAGGAAUCGAAAGGUUGAUGGAUUGCCGAACAGUCGGUCGAUCACUGAGGUUACGAAGUGAGGCGCACAACAUCCAAGACAGUCAGAAUCCUUCAUCUCUUCCGAUACGACCAUUGUUGUGCUCGACAUGCCGGCAGGAGUGUCACCGCCCCCAACGAACCCCUUAAAAAGACCUCGACCUCGACAGGAUCCAGUCUCUUGUGAAUUUUGUCGCUCGAAGAAAUUGAAAUGCGAUCGCCAACAGCCUUGUUCGAAUUGUGCCACGAGAGGACUGUCAUGUAAUGGUCAGUCUAUACGUUCGCCGCGCCACAUCCGGCCAUCUUCGAAUGAUGAUAGUGCCUCUGUCCUGGCUCGGCUGAAGCGGCUUGAGGAUAUCGUUAUCGGUCCCUCCACACAGGGCAGUCCUGCCCUUGUGGGACUGAAGCAAAGUCCACAGCUGGCAUACCUCUCACCAGCGUCAGAAUACGAAGAGGCGGUCCACACCCUGGAAGAGAGUGGCACCAGCAAGGAGAAUUGGUUGUCUCAUGCUUCCGAAAAAAUCGGAUUCCGGACGUCACCAGCACAUGACAUUGUCCAUGCGAACGGCCCAAACGUAUCUCAUUUGCCAUCAUCGCUGAAAUCAGUCUUGCUUCCACCCAAAGAUGAAGCCUCUAUAUUGAUGGAUUUUUACUUCGAUUACCUCAGUGGCCUUCAGCAUGUUCUGUGCGAGCAUACAGUUCGUCGUAUCAAGGAAACACUAUACUCGAAUCUGGAGCAAGGGCUUCCUGUCGUACACAGUCAUGCUGCGCUCCUGCUAAUCAUCUUUGCGUGCUCUACAGCCCUAUGCUCAUACCACACCGGGGAGAUGAGUCGCUUGUACUCCCUAGCAGUCGCCUCCCAAGUCUCAUUGGUCUGGGUCAAAGGAGCGCUCGACGUGCUGGACCACGCUCGUCGUACCACCGAGGGAUCCAUAGAGGACAUUCAAGCAUUUAUCUUGAUGACGUUUUUCCUCUAUCACCUUGAAGGCUUGUCUACUCGAGCGCGCCGCGCCUUUGCAGCCGCAAUCGUUACGGCUCGCGAACUAGGCCUCCACAAGCUCGACGCUGUUGCUAGCUCGAGACAUGCAGACCCCGCGGAGAUUGAGAUCAAGCGUCGAGUUUGGUGGCACCUAGUUGCUACUGAUUGGUUCGUUGCCCUCAGUGGAGGGUUUCAAGAAGGCACAUAUUUUAUCCAUCCGCGACAAUUCCGGGUCAACAUGUUGCGCAACGUCAACGACAAAGAUCUAAAUCAGAUGCCAUUGGUAGAUUUGCCUCUAUCGCAGCCAACCACAAUGUCGUAUUACAUUCAACGAAUCAAGCUCGGCAGCCUCUGCCGCAGUGUCGUGGAUGUGAUGCCCCUGUCGGGCAUCGACCUGGCCACUCUGGACUACCAAGAAGUCAUUCAGCUGGACAGUAAAUUUCAGGCUUUCUUCGACGAACUUCCAAUCUUCCUGAGGACAGAUGAACACAGCCGUCGCCAGUCAGAACACAUUGUGCGGCAGUAUCCACACAUCAGCACGCAACGUUACAUGUUGAACAUGGUGGCCAGGACGAGACGUUGCAAGGCGCACCAACCCUUCCUCAUCCGUCGCGCCGUCGAGAGCCAUUACGCCUUUUCACGGGACAUUUCUUUGGAGUCAGCGCGUUGUGUGAUCCGGCUUAUGCGAUCAUUCCAAAGAGAGAUAGAUACUGUCUUCUCUGGCAAUGUCAAACUUGUCAGAAUGACGUGCGUGGUACAUCAUGUCUUUAUGGCCACGAUUGUCCUUGUCAUGGACUUGUGUAUCAACAAAAGCGAAGACGACACCGAGCGCAAAGCAGAAGUUAUGGAGGCUUGCAACAUAAUGGAAGAAACAGCAUGUCAGUCGCCCCUGGCAAGAGGAUUCGUCAAUUCCCUCAUGGACGUGCUUCGGAAGCAUAAGGUGCGCUUACACAACCUCACUGGAGACGGCGUGGACACUCCCAGCUCUCUGAACACUACGGCGCAUUUGGGACCACCAAAUAUUCUGGAUACCAUGACCGCUCCAGAGAUACCGCUAUUGCCCAGCUCCCAUCUAUCGCAGGACAAUUCCCAAAGCUACUCAUCAGCAUUUGAUGAAAUCUGGAAGGACUAUGUCGAGCUCGGGCCGAAUAUGGACGUGCCUGGAUGGGAUUCUCUCUUCUCGGAUCUCGAUUCGAGGUUCUGAACGAGGUUGCUUGCUGAAGGCUGGCUGGUGGAUUCAGAAUGUCCCCCUAAUACGGCAGAGCGGCGGCUCGGAGACACGCCCUGAACAUCCCCUUAAUGGAAGGGAGAUGGUUAUCAGGUUGAUUAAAUCAGAGGAUGGCCCCUGAAGCACCUCGUAGCUGACCUCUCUGAGCUGAUCGUGGUGUUGAAUGUAUUUGAACGUCGCAACUUUAUGUCAUCAAGCAGUAGUUAAAGCGGCGUGUGACACUCCGCAGGCUGUACUCCGAUGCGCGGUCACUACGACUCCAGCAAA